AUGGACCCCGCCUCUGUUUCUCCCUUCCCAACGCAACCACCGCCGCCGCCUCAACCGCCUCCUACUUCUAUCCCUCCUCCUCCCCCUCCUCCUCCUCCUCCACCGCCGCCGCCGCCGCCGGUAACUGAAGGUCCUUUGUCGCACGAUAUUCGCCGUCACGAUCAUCACCCGCCUCAGGCGCAUCACUUCCGCGUCCCGUCUCUAUCGUCGCACCCGAAUAUCGGCUUAUCCGCUCUCGAUCCCGCAGAUCCUGCCGUCUUCCAACAACACCUCCAACGCUUACACUCCGUACCGACCGUACCUGUUGUUCAAGGCGACUUUGUUCCGCACGGCCGAGAUGGAUUUGACCAAGACCCUAAUCCAGCUCGCAUGCUUCAGAACACACAUAACCAAUCCACUUCUGACCUUCGUCGAACCCCACACCAACAUCAUGCUACUCUCCCACCUUCGUCCUCACACUCGGCGCCGCCCGCGCAUGGUCAAUUUGGUAUCCUAACACAAAACCCCAUGGCCCGACCCAGUGUAGUGCCUCAGCUUCAAGCAGAGGAGGACUUGUUCCCCCAACCUUCGCAAGUCAACCCCUCGGGCCCCGAAGCUUCCGAACAGAGACCGCAUGGCCAAUUGGUCAAUAGGAUAGUUGUCGACCCACCCGACCUCCAAACUUGGCGUGAGAAGCUGUUCAACGUUGACGAUACUAUCAUUCUGAGUAAUGACCAGUUCGAGACCUACUUUCCUCAUAUCGACAACGUUUAUUCCCAUAGAUCUACGCAGAAGUACAAGCGCAAGCCAUUUAUCUCUCAUUACUGGGAUUGCCGAAUGAAGGGGCGGCCACCAGGUACUCCUAAGUCCGAUGACCCCUCCAAAAAGAAACGGAAACGAAGCGCGCGUGAGAGGGAUCUUUGCGACGUCAAGAUCAAGAUUACCGAAUACUUUCCGGGAGCCACGAUUCUUCCCGACGGGGAUCCGAGCUUCAAUCUGGCGCAGUCGAGUGCUUACCAGUCUCCGCAACAACAAACGUUUGGCGACGGUCUGUCGCGACCUGUAGAUGCUCACCUAAAUGGGGAAAAGUUCUGGACCAUACAACGUGUCAAUGGCAAUGGGGGGAACGGGAAGGGCGACGGCGUCGCUGGUCCUCACAAACAUAGCCUGGAAAAAAGCGAUGAGAUCAAGAAAUCUACCGUUCAGAGGUUUAUUGCUGCGCAAGAGAAGGAGGCAAAGAAGAUCCAGAAGCCGCUGCCAAAGAAAAUGUCAGGAAACGCGCUCACAACGGCAAAGAAGCACUCGAAGGAGCACGACCUGAAGCUUUACGCUGCUUGCUUUUGCCCCUUUUCCCAGAGAGUAUGGAUCGCCCUCGAGGCGAAGGGUAUGCAAUAUCAGUACUGCGAGACAGAUCCAUACAGACGCCCGACCCAGUUACUAGAGGCAAAUCCUCGAGGAUUGGUCCCGGCCAUUCGGGAAGGUGAAUGGGCUAGCGGCGAGAGCGCCAUCAUCCUUGAAUAUCUUGAGGACCGUGACCGAACAGUGCCCCUUUUCCCCACGGACCCGAGACUAAAGGCGAACUGUAGACUAUGGAUUGACCACAUCAACGCCAAAAUAGUCCCGGCUUUCUUUGCUUUGGCGAGGGCGUCCGACUUCGCGAAGCAGGCAGAGUAUAGGGAAAAGCUUCAGGGCGAAAUAGCGGCUCUUGUCCAAGCUGCCGACGAAAGGGGUCCGUAUUUCCUUGGAGGAGACUUGUGUCUCGUAGACAUCCACUUCGCGCCUUUCGUCUUGCGCAUGUCCCGCAUCCUCCGAGAGCUACGUAACUGGGGCGACCCGAUGCCACGCACGCGGUGGUACCAGUGGGCGGACGCUCUCGAGACGAACCCGCACGUCCAGGCCACGACCAGCCAGAAAGAGCUCUACGCCGAGACGCUGGAUCUGUUUCUUAACAGCCGCCAACCCCAUGGCGAACAUUUCGGAUCGUAG